UUGAUGUUCCUGUAUUGGAAAUUUGGUAGUGGGGUUUGUUUCAUUUUUUUUUUAAUUUUCUUGCUUGCAUCUGCUGUUUAGUAAUUAUAGAAGGCGGUCCAUAUAUCGGUCUUAUAUAUACAUAUGCUAGGGUUGCAAUCAGACAGUCAUAGAAUUAUCAGUUGUGGUAGUCAUGGAGAUUUUGAUGAAAAGAUUGGUGAUAAUAACAAUGGUUGUUACUGUUUGAUUGCUGGUGAUAGGUUGUGAUGCAAAAAGACACACUGUUGGAGGGACAGAAUAUAAUGGUUGGGCACCAAACAAAAUGAACUAUACUUCAGAUUGGGCUAGCCACCAACAAUUCUAUGUUGGUGAUUGGCUUUAUUGGAGAUAUGAUGAUCCAAGGCCAAACAGACAGUUGUUUAGCGUGUUUGAAGUGAACAAGACAGAUUAUGACUCAUGUUCAACAGAUCAUACUCUUUAUAAUAUAUCUAGAGGAGGAGGACGUGAUGUGUACCAACUUAAUUAUUCCAGACCCUAUUACUUCAUCAGUGGCGGAGGUUUUUGUUGGCAAGGUAUGAAACUCACUGUUUUCGUCCAAGAACUUCCACCAGCACCGGCAGAAGCACCAUCCAAUGGGUCCCCUUUUUCGGCAAGUUUUCCUGGCAUAUUGGCGAUUGCUGGAGCAGCAGCACUGGUAUUGUUGAGGCUUGGUGUUCAUCCAGAUUGUUAAUUUUGGAUAAUUUCAAACCGAUUUCGUAAACAUGCAUUCUUGUUAUGUUGUGGUGCUAUGUUAUACAUGGAUUAUUAGAAUACAAACUUAUACAAUUAGUUUACCGUUUCUGUUUUGUUUUGUUUUUUCUUUCUUUCUUUCUGAAAGUGAGAUUGGAUUUACAUAAAGCCAAAAUCAGAGAAGGAAAUAAGGCAAUUAAGGUUAAUAGAAAUAUGAAAAUGCAAAAGUUAAUGAGGAUCCCAACAACAAUUGCAAACACUUUUUACCAAAGAGAGAACUGAAAGUUUUGGUACUAAUAGCAAUAUCUUUCUCCUUCCUACUUUUUGUAGGAGAAAAUCUGCAAGUUGUAUCGAUGAAAAAUGUGAUCUACAAGCUUGAUUUGGUUUCGAUGUUCUUAUGAAGAUUACUGAAUAAUGGAUGUGAAUGUGAGAAUUAUGCAUUUGUGAACAUCGCACUCCAGCCUUGUUUGAUCUAAGUUUAGAAUGCCAACAUAUCUGAGGAUUUGCCUGGUUACAUUCUACGCAGAAUUGUGUAUUUUACAGUGUAGUUUAUCAUAUGCAGAAUCACUUUCAUAAAAAGUGAAGCAGCAGUGUCAAAUUCAAGGGAGUGGGCUGGCAAUCACUCGCAGACGGAAGAAUGCAAAUUCAUUCUGCAUUUCCAGACAGUCUUAGCUGCAAAGAA